AUGAAACCUAGCCAGUCCAGAGACGUUUCAAGAACUCAAUCAAUCGAUGAGAGCACCGAUGAAGAACCGAGAGGCUCGCAUCGCAAAAGGCGUUUGACUGUGUAUGAUGCUGUUGCGGGUAGAGUCAAUCGACAACGGUUCAUCUCCCACUCGACUACGUCUCGAUGGAGGCGUAAUGUGUCCGCUAGCCGCGCUGUUCGAUCAUCGAAUGAUAUCUUGUCUCGCUUGGGAGGUGAUGAUUUUGAUGAUUGGAUUGAUGACGAAUCCCUGGACCACGUUCAUCUUCCUGAAUCCGACAUCCUUGAAUCUGUUCAGUCUUAUGCGGGUCAUUUCUAUGCGAACACUGGUGACAGUCGUCGAACGGAACAUUUCUCCAGUAUGAAUGGGUCUGCUCUCAUCGCAAUGGGCAUAUUAUUGGAAGAGCUGGGAAACGAAUUGCUAGGAGAGACUGGUGAUAUGGUAUUAGUGGAACGUGAGGAUGGUGACAACUACGAUUCUGGUCACUAUGCUAGCGACGCGAGUAUCACUAGCAGUGCCUACAGCGGAAAGACGAACAGAAAGCGAUCAGCUUCAGUCAUGAGCAGAGACACACCCAAACAUAUGUCUGGGACUGAAGAGGAAUCUAGUUCUUCUCGAAAGAGGGGAAAGAAUAAAAAGCCACGUCUUGAUAAAUCAGCUGCAGGGCCGACAGACACCGAGACGGAGCAUAGGGUCGAUGCAGUGUACAUCAGCGAUGACUGA